UGGUUUGUGCCAUAUUGCCGUUACCUGUUCGUUUGUGAUGAACAUUUUUUAAAUUUUUUUUCUGUUUCAUCAACAAUUAAUAGAUCUGCACUACUGUAUGCAAAUUAAUUACCUACUAUUUUACUCGUUAAAUGUAUACAAAUCAAAUAAACUAGUAAUUAUUAUUUUAUGUCAAAGCAAAACAAAAUAAAUGCUUUAGUGAAUGAGGUGCACUAUACAUCAAGAUCAUCAAAAGAAAUAGUUUUAAACCAUGUCUGAAAACGAUCAGUGUGAAUCGGAAUACUUCAGUUCCGGGCCAGUUCGAUAUAGGAAACGAUUGGAUGCACAGUUUUAUGAUACGCCGUGUGAAGAAAUGGCCAUGAGUUUAUUGGGCAAGAUACUUGUCAGACGAUUAGAUGAUAAUACCAUACUUAGGGGUAGGAUUGUUGAAACUGAAAGCUAUCUAGGCAAUGAAGAUGCAGCUUCCCAAUCGUUCAAAGGGAAAAUCACUCCAAGAAAUGAACCAAUGUUUAUGAAACCAGGAACAGCUUAUGUUUAUUUUACGUACGGAAUGUACCAUUGCUUCAAUAUUUCAAGCAAAGGAGAUGGUGCUGCAGUUUUGAUAAGAGCAUUAGAGCCUUUGGAUAAUUUGAACACCAUGGCAUCCCUACGAAAACAAUUUAGAAAAUGUCCAAAAACACAAAUGAAGAAUAAAGAUUUAUGCAACGGCCCUGCAAAGUUAUGUAUUAGUUUUGCGAUUGAUAUAAAAUCUUGCAAUAAACAAGAUCUGACUUCUUGGGAUGGAAUGUGGGUAGAAGAAGAUGAAAAUAGUAAAUUAAUAGACACAAUUGUUUGCUCGCCAAGAAUAGGUAUUAAAUGCGAAAAAAUAUGGCAAGAUAAAUAUCUAAGAUAUUAUAUUCGUGAUAAUCCUUGUAUUAGUAAGAUAGAAAAAACAAAAAUGAAUGAAUUGAAGUAUUCGCAAAUUGAAAAUAUAAAAUAAAUUUUAAAUACUAAA